AUGGCGUUUGCUGCUUCGCUGCUGGGGGGCUUCUUUGCUGCCCCCGAAGAUGAACAGGGAGAAGGCCCCGGAGCAGCAGCAGCGCCGGCUGCUGCUGCUGCUGCUGCUGGAGGCGCAGCAGCAGCGCCGGCUGCUGACGCUGCUGCGGACGCAGCAGCAGCAGGGCAAGCGGCGGAGGCGGCGGGGGAGCUCUCCCCCGCUGCAGCAGCAGCAGCAGCAGCAGCAGCAGCAGCAGCAGCAGCAGCAGUGACCGAAAACGAGAUGCUGCCGAUAGGCGAAGCCGUGCCGGAGGGCGAGCACGUGCGCACGCUGCGCAUUUACUGCAGACCCCCCGCCGCAGCAGCAGCAGCAGCAGCAGCAGCGCCUGCUGCAGCAGCAGCAGCAGCAGCAGCAGCAGCAGCAAACUGCCGCGAAGUGCACGUGCUGCGGGUCUUUCGAGAGCCAGAUGUUAUGAUUGCUCCCGAAUUAAUUACUGCUGCUCAAUGCGACCAUUUGCUGCAGCUGGCCGAAGGCAAAUGGACCCGCAGCAAAACCAGCAUCGGCACCACUUCCGCUCCCCAGAGUGCUUACAAAACAGCAGAAAGCCUCACCAGAACCUCCGAGUCCGUGCUGCUGCAGGAGGCGCAGACUGCAGGAGUUGCUGCUGUCGAGCUGCUGGCCUGCGCCUUUGCGCAGCUGCCGCUGCAGCACUUGGAGGCUUUGGUCUUAGUGAAAUAUCAGCAGCAGCAGUUCUUCAAAGAACACCACGACGGCUCCUUCCGCCCCAAGACUGUGCUUCUUUACCUCAACGACGUGGAAGAAGGGGGGGAGACGCACUUCACGCGACUGGGUUUGAAAAUCGGACCCUCCCGGGGCUGUGGGGCCCUCUGGGCCAACAGGGGCCCCCAGGGCCUCAUGGACUUGCGGACUUUGCAUGCAGGAGUUGCUCCGAUCCGCGGCAGCAAAUUUGUUGUUAAUUGCUUCUUCAACGAGGCCGUGGUGAGGCCGGCGCGCCCCGAAAGGCCCCUGUCAGCAGCAGCAGCAGCAGCAGCAGCAGCAGCAGCAGCAGCAGCAGCAGCAGCAGCAGCAGCAGCAGCAGCGUGGGGCGCGGGGAAGCGCGGGGGAGGGCUCGCAGGGCGCGCGCGACGCGGGAAGAGGCGAAGGCAGCGACACCGACGGGCUGCAGCAGCAGCAGCAGCAGCAGCAGCAGCAGCAGCAGCAGCAGCAGCAACUGCAGCCUGCGGUCAACUUUGGGGGACUCUUCAACGGCAUGUCGCCUGUGAACAAACAUGCGAGCUUUUCUCCCGUGACGUCGCCGAUGCAGCAGCAGCUGCUGCACCAGCAGCAGCUGCAGCAGCAGCAGCAGCAGCAGCGGCUGUGGCUGCUGCUGCAGCAGCAGCAGCAGCAGCAGCAGCACGCUCCCUUCUUCUCCACCUCCCCUGCUGCAGCAGGAGGGUACCCCAAGCUGCCGCUGGCGCCCUUGGGGCUUUCUUUUGCCCCCCAGGGCUGUUCUGCCUGGGGGCCGCAUGCAGCAGCUCGUGCUGCUGCUGCUGCAGCAGCAGCAGCAGCAGCAGCAGGUCUGCCGGCCGGCCGCAGGUGGGCCUGCAACGCCCCUUCUACGGGCACCUGAGGGCCACAGAUCUGCAGCAACUGCAGCAAGCAGCUUCAGCAAAUUGUUCUGUCCAUUGCUGCUGUUGCUGCUGCUGCUGUUGCUGCUGCUGCUGCUGCUGCCACGGCUGCAGCAGCGGGAACUGCGGGAGGGGCACAGAUAACGUGGAGACAGAUUGCUGCAGCUGGCGCUGCUGCUGCUGCUGCUUCAGUUUGCUCUCAGCAGCAUUAGCUGCUGCUGCAGCUGCUGCUGCAGCAGCAGCUGCCGCCGCUGCUGCUGCUUCAGCCUGCCCACAGCAGCAUUUGCUGCUGCUGCUGCUGCUGCAGUUUGUGUCCAUUUGCUUCUAUUUUUGA